CCUUAAAGCUACAGUUAGUGUUGUGUCUUGUUUAAGUAGAAGUCGACGGCAGCCAUAUCCGUUGAUCGCUUAGAGCAGGUGAUCAACCGGCCAAGUUCUCGUAAGUGCAAUUGGGGUAGGCGGAGGAUAAUAUAUCUAACACAGUAAACCUAUCCCGCUCACCCAAUCGGAGCUACUGUGUUCCAGCGCGUUCUUAAAAAUGCGUGCGUGUCAUAUAGUCAUAAGUGCACUACUGUUAAGCGUGUGCAGUGAAGCCGUAGGACGAAGAUCGAGCCGGAAGAAAUCGCAGAAGUUUCGCGCGCUCGAAAGUGAUGAAGAUACUGGUUUGGCGUCGUCGGGAAACUCGUGGAUAUCACUAUUUCAGGCCGAACAAGCUCUAGUAGACCCAUGCCAGGACGAAAGAGGGAAAGCGCGUCGUUGCAUACCUGAUUUCGAGAACGCGGCAUACCAGCGAAAAGUGCAUGCUUCAUCGACGUGCGGAAAGACUUCGAUGAGGCUCUGUCAGGUGACGCCCUCAGGACAGGCGGCUCCGGGUUUACCGCCAGGGUUUGGGACACCCCUAGGCGUUGAGGAGCUAGUACGUACAUGUCAGGUAUGCGACCGAAAAAAACCUAGUUUAGGCCAUCCAGCGUCCUUACUGACCGAUCUCCAUAACCCUUCAAAGCUCACGUGCUGGAUGUCCGAACCGUUCAGUUUGAACAGUCGCGAAGAACGCAACGUCUCUCUACGGCUUUCUUUAGGCAAAAAAUUUGAGCUCACCUAUAUCAGCUUGCAGUUUUGUGGCUCCGGCAAACCGGACUCGCUGGCCAUUUUCAAAAGUAGCGAUUACGGCAUAAGUUGGCAACCGUUUCAAUACUAUUCGACAAGUUGCCAAAAGACUUAUGGUCGGCCUGCCCGUUCGCCGCGACACAUCUCGUUCGAUCACGAGCACGAGCCUCUUUGUUCCGAUCCGAACGGUGACACUAAUUCACAGAGCAGUACCCGCAUAGCGUUCUCAACCCUCGAGGGUAGACCGUCCGCAUACGAGUUUGAUCAAAGUCCACUACUACAGGAUUGGGUGACAGCAACUGACAUUCGUAUCGACUUUCGGCGAUUGCUCAAUCCAAGUCAGCAAAUUCUGCCAGAUAUUCUCCCGCGACAAAAGGACAUUAACGGCAACAAGGGCGACAGCAUUAACGACGACGAGGUGCUCAGUGAGACUAACGAUUCGCUAGAGUGGGCGGGCAACGAUAGCCUCAGUCUAAGCUCGGCCCCCACUGGGGGCCAAGAACUUAAGCAACAGAACAGCUAUUAUUUCUAUUCGAUCGCAGACCUCGCUAUCGGCGGAAGAUGUAAAUGCAACGGCCAUGCGUCGCGCUGCGUGAAAAAGGAUGCGGGUAUAGCCAGCGCAAGCCGUGUGAAUGGACGAAACUCCACAGAUUUCGAACAGACUGACGGCGGUAACGUAGAGUGCGAGUGUCGACAUAACACUGCGGGGAGGGACUGUGAAAGAUGUGCUGCGUUUUUUUUUGACCGGCCUUGGGCAAGAGCCACGGCAAGCGAUGCAAAUGAAUGUAAACCUUGCCAGUGCAAUGGUCAUUCACGUGUGUGUCGAUUUAAUAUGGAAUUGUACAAGUUAUCUGGUUUCCGUAGUGGAGGCGUCUGCGUAAAAUGCCGCCAUAACACAGCCGGAAGACACUGCCACACUUGUCGAGAGGGUUUCUAUCGAAACCCCGCUCUACCAUCCACUCAGAAAAAAACAUGCAAAGCAUGCGAAUGCCAUCCCGUUGGUUCGCUGGGACGCAUCUGUAACAUGACAUCGGGCCAAUGCCCAUGCAAGGAUGGCGUGACCGGUCUUACCUGUAACCGCUGUCAAAAGGGCUAUCAACAAUCGAGAUCGCCAAUUGCGCCGUGUAUUCGCAUCCACGAUCCAAAUGAGCUACCAAUAGUCAGCGCCCAUCGACCAGCUGCUGAAGAAAAGGAUGGCACAAGCAGCGAUACUGGAACGGACGAUGAAGACUACGAGGAUGACGAGGGCCGAUAUGACGAAGAGUGCGCAAACUGCCAUCUGCGCACUACUGAGCUGUCCUUCGGCAAGUUCUGUAAAAGAAACUUUGUGAUCCAAGCGACGUUGCUAAGCAGGGAAGAGUUCGGGGACUGGGUACGUUUUUCAAUUGAAGUCAACGAGGUAUUCAAAGCGGGAGCUUCAAAGGUACGACGCGCCACAGUGGACAGCCUCUGGGUCCCACGAGCAGAUUUACGGUGUCGAUGUCCUAAUAUUAAACUAAAGGCCACCUACAUAAUACUUGGAUCAAAUCAAAUGCACGGUGGUCGAAUGAGCAUGACCGGCGACCGCAAUAGUUCAGUGCUUGACGCUAACGAAGAAAACGUCCGCAGGUUGCGACGUUAUCAGGGCCGAGCACGAAGAUGUCCCAAGGUGUAGAAAAAAAACUGACGAGGUAGCAAAACGUGUACGAGGCAACACUGCCUAAUUCGGUUUGAUCGCUACCUGAGAUCCACGUUACGAGGACGACUAUGUCAAUGAUCUACAGCUACGACAGUACUCAAUAGGACUGACAAUAUAUAUUGUACAUUGUCUGACGAAUA